AUGGGUCCAGAUCAACAUGCGCAAUUGGAUGGCUUUGGGCUGGUCUUUCCGUUCCCUCUUCGCAUAGCGGCAGUCUUGGUUGCAGGUUUCUGGGGAUGGGCCAUCAAUUUACAUUACCUGUCCAAACUCGACAUUGACGUACCUCGUCUUAUUCAAUAUCCCUCUCAUGACCCCAAAGCCUCACCUCCACAACGACCACACCAUGUCGGGGCCUACCGCUUAGCCGCCACCUUCACAGUCCCUCUGACCAUCUGGCUCCUUGUCACCUGGGCUGCGACGCACCACUCCGCAGAGCUGGUAGAACGUCUCGACUUUAUCCCGCAAUCGGUCUUCAUCAUACUCCUCCUUAUUCUUAUCUGGCCUUUCAAUCGUGCCUCCCGCGCCGGCCGGAUCCGGUUUCUCCUGACAUUAAAACGGGUCGCCAUCGGAGGUCUGGCGGAGCCCCAGAAUGGCAAGUUUGGUGACGUUCUGCUGGCGGAUGCCCUGACUAGCUAUGGUCGCAUUUUGGGUGAUUUAUACGUCAGCUUUUGCAUGUUUUUUACCGACGGCAUCUCGGCCACCUCGAAGCCAAAUCGUGCCUGUGGCAAGGAUUUCAUUGUACCGAUCAUCAUAGCAGUUCCGAGUGCUAUCCGACUUCGCCAGUGUCUGACAGAAUACGUGCGGGCUCAACGGACAGCACGGGGCGAUUUCAACAACGGCAAUCAACACUUGCUUAACGCGCUGAAAUAUGCUACCGCGUUCCCGGUUAUUUGGUUGACCGCAAAGAUGCGAAACUAUAACCCUCUGGACUUUCACGGUUUCAGCGAGAUGACCAUUAUGCGUCUAUUGUUCAUCUUCUCAUGCAUCAACUCCGGCUAUUCCUUCUGGUGGGACGUGGUAAAAGAUUGGGACUUUACUCUAUUCUCUCCCGAGCGCCGCGACAGCCGUUAUCCGUUUGGACUGCGAAGACAUCGUUACUUUACUUCCGACCGGUUGUACCACUACGUCAUCAUCGCCGACUUUGUCCUCCGUUUCUCAUGGCUCUUGCGUAUACUGCCGGGACUCGCGUGGCUCCCGGAGACCGAAAGCGGUCUAUUCCUGCUCAUGAUCGGCGAAGUCGCUCGGCGUUGGAUGUGGGUAUUUUUCCGAAUUGAAGCCGAAGCCAUCCGGAACGAUCACGGAUCUGGUGCAGAUGACAUUCGUCUCCCCAAAUACAACGGCAACGGCAAAAUCACCUCGGAUUGA